AUGUCAAACUUAAUCAAAAAAAGAAAGGUGUUCAGUUCAGAAAGUGAAUCAGAAGAAGAGGAGUAGCUGCAAACUAGAAAGACUAUUAAACAAACUACUGGCUCGGAGCCAACUUUAGUCAAGAAGCUUAAAAAAUCUAGCGAAGAUCUUGAUGAUUUUGAGAAAAAGAUUGAAGUAGUUAAUUAAAUCAAUGCAAUCAAGAAAGAUAGCUUGAUGAAAUUCUUAGAAGAAGAAGAUCAAAAGCUCUCUACCAAGAAAAGACAGUUAAAGACCAUUUCUUAGCAGGAGGCUUAAGAUAUCUAAGAAGUCUUAAAGAAAGAAGAAGACGAUUUUGAUGAAAACAUUGAAAAUAAUGUCAAGCUAGAAGAAGAAGAAUAAGGCGAUGAUGAAUAAAGUGAUCUUGAGGAUUCUGAUAAUGAAAAUAUCAAAGAAAAUGUUAAAGUGAGACGCCUGCGUAAUCAAAGUUAUGAUCAAGACUCAACAAACGAUAAUAAAGAAAAUAGUUUCGAUGGACUUUAUUCCUUUAAGGAUGAUGAUGAUUUUUACAUCUAAGCCAAUAAAAAUCGCUAACAAGAAUCAUAGUAAGAAAAAGAUAUCAUUAAACUUGUUUAACAGAGAAAUGGAAAGAUAAUCAGUAGAUCCAGAGGCUAUAUUUUUACAGUGAUAUGCUUUAAAAAUCACGUUUUUGAUGCAGAUAGCGAAAAUAUCAUCAAAAAGUGGUGUCCUUAAUGCAAUAUUCUUCAUCAAGAAUUCGCUUAAUAUGCUUUAUCUCAAUAGGGAGAACUUGAAAGCCAAUUCUUUUAGCCAAAGUUAAAUUUCCGCUGCAAAUUUUAUCAUAGGUGGACUACAUCUGAAGCUAACUGCAUUAAGUAAAAAGUGUGGUGUCCCAAAUGUCCUGAAGUAUUGAAUCUUAUGAUCAAUCAUCAUCACAGAGGAUCCGUAAACGAUUAAGAAAGAAUAGAGUAAAUUUUUGAGUAAGCAGAAGUAAUUGCUGAUGGAUACUAAGUCACCAAUCCCUAACAAGAAAUAGCUUUUGAUCUUCUAAAAGAUAUUUAUUUCAUCAUCCUUGUUCCCUUACCGAUUUAUUCUAGAUAUCUUUAACGUUUUAAACUAGAAGAAUAAGCUAUUGAGUUCAAAAAGAAAUUAGCUCUGAUGCACCCAGACAACAACUCUCAUCCAUUAGCAGAGAAAGUAACAGAAAAGCUCUAUCAAAUGUUUGAGCAUCUGCUUGAGUCCUCUGAAGAUGAAGAGAGUGAUCAAAAAAGUGAAAAAAAAUAAUCCAACAAAUAAUGA